GUCACUCCAGCGAGCCUGUUGUCGCCCGUUCCAGUCGCUCCGCCCUCGCUGGGACCUCCACCGCUCCAGCAUGCGUCUGCCAUCACCCGUCCAUCGACCAUGGCCAGAUGCCAUCGGACCUCCAUUGCCCCAGCCCAUGCCCGUGUUCUUUGCUGCUUUUUGGCUAUUCUGGGUCGCGUAGUUUUGCUCUAUCCAACGCACCCGCUCUCGGUCGCCAGAACCCUGCGCGUGUUGAGAUAUCGCGCUGACCAUUCCUCGCAGCCACGUCCAUCAUCAUGUCCUCUUCACCGGGUCAUGUUGCCUCCCUACCCUUCGCAAACGGUCACACGUCACCCCUCGGGCUGAAUGUCAUGACCGCGAACAGCCCCCUCCAGCACAGUGACAGCGAUCUGUCCGACACCAGAGAAGCCGCUGCAGCAGACGAUGCCUCCGACGCCGACGCGCCCGGGGAAGAGUACGACGAAGACGAGCCCAUGGCUGUCGACUCGGACUCGUCGGAGGAUGUAGACGCUGAGGGCGAGCCAGACGGCGACUACGACUCCGAAUCACCGCCGUCGGAGCAGGCAGAGAGCAGUCGUACUCGAAGCUCAGUCUCCCAGGAGUCGAGGAUACCGUCGAAGCGGAAAGCAAGCGCAGAGCCCGACGACUACAUGACACAGAACCCCGAGCUAUAUGGCCUGCGUCGCAGCGGUCGUGCCCGCCCAAGUCGUCGCGUCGUUGAUAGCAGUGAUGAAGAAGAUGAUUCGGGUUCUGACCAGCCUCGCAAGCGACAGAGAACCGCCUCGCGCAAAGCCUCAAACCAACCGACACCUGUCUUCAGGUCAGCCGACUCUGACUCUGAGUCGGAUGGCUACGUCAACGCGCGCAAGAACAUCCCAAGCAAGAAGGAACGCCAGCGCCAGCUGCUCGUCGCAGAGGGUCGCCUGCCUCCUUCCCAAGCCGAAGUCCGAUUCUCGGCGCGUCGCACAAAGGCCGUGACAAACUACAAUGAAGAAGAGGAAGAAGAUCCUUUCGUCGAGGACGAAGACGAUGAGGCGCCUGGCUAUUGGCCCACCGAGGCGGAAGAGAAAGGCCCCAUCAUCGACAAGAUCCUCGAUCACCGAUCGAAAGACGGGAUAGAGCUCGAUCCCUACUACGUGCAGAAGAAGGACUUUGAGUAUCUUAUCAAAUGGCAAGACAGAGCCCAUUACCACUCUUCGUGGGAAGACUACGAGACUGCGUCCACAUACAAGGGCUGGCGUAAACUCGACAACUACUUCAAGGGCCCUGUCAUGAACGACAUGUACUUCCACGCACGGAAGAAGCAGGAGCCCGAGGAGUUCGAGCAGCAUAUGGUUGCGCGUGAAGCCGAGCGCGAGAGCCAACUUGACUUCCACGUUGUCGAGCGUGUCAUCGACGCGCAAGAUGGCGAAGACGAGACCGAGUACUUUGUCAAGUGGAAGGGCUUGACCUAUGAGUUCUGCACGUGGGAGCCUGCCUCUCUUGUCAGCCAGCUGUCGCAGGUUGAGAUCGACCGCUUUCUCGACCGCUCCUCGAACCGACCCUCUUCAGACACUCGCGAGUCGAACAUAAGCACCCGGAGGAAGUUUGUCAAGUUGGACGAGCAACCCGACUAUAUCAAGUAUGGAAAACUGAGAUCUUUUCAACUCCAAGGAGUGAACUUCCUUGCACACAACUGGUGUAGAGGUACCAAUGUCAUUCUGGCCGAUGAGAUGGGUCUCGGAAAGACGGUGCAAACUGUCUCAUUCAUGAAUUGGCUACGGCACGACCGACGACAGGACGGGCCCUUCAUUUGUGUCGUUCCUCUGUCGACAAUGCCUGCCUGGGCUGACACCUUCAAUAACUGGACGCCCGAUGUCAACUAUGUCAUCUACACUGGCAGGGAAGACGCUCGUAGCACUAUCCGAGACAAGGAGCUACUGAUCGACGGCAACCCGAGGCGGAUCAAGUUCAACGUUCUACUGACUACGUACGAGUACGUCCUUGCUGACUGGCAAUUUCUCUCGAGCAUCAAGUGGCAGUUCCUUGCUGUCGAUGAGGCCCAUCGAUUGAAGAAUCGCGAGUCACAACUGUAUGAGAGGCUACUGCAGUUCAAUGCACCGAGCCGCCUGUUGAUCACCGGCACACCCAUCCAAAACACACUCGGAGAGCUCUCUGCCUUGAUGGACUUCCUUAUGCCUGGCAAGAUCACCGUCGACGAGGAAGUUGACCUUGCUUCGGAGGAUGCCAGCCACAAGCUUGCCGAGCUCAGCGCAGCCAUCCAACCCUACAUGAUUCGACGUACGAAGGAGAAGGUGGAAAACGACCUGCCUCCCAAGUCUGAGAAGAUUCUUCGUGUUGAGUUGUCUGACAUUCAGUUGGAAUACUACAAGAACAUCCUUACUAGGAACUACGAAGCUUUGAAUGAGGGCGGUUCUGGACAGAAGCAGUCUCUCUUGAACAUUGUCAUGGAGCUCAAGAAAGCCAGUAACCACGCCUUGCUCUUUCCAAAUGCCGAAGCCAAGUUCCUGAAAGGAGAUGCGACAAAGGACGAGACACUCAAGGCCCUCAUCACGACAAGUGGAAAGAUGAUGCUGCUGGAUCGACUUCUCGCUAAGCUAAAGGCAGACGGCCAUCGCGUCCUCAUCUUCAGUCAAAUGGUCCACAUGCUAGACAUUUUGACUGACUACCUCAAGCUGCGAAACUACACGUAUCAGCGCUUGGAUGGAACUGUUCCAGCAGCCGAGAGGAAGAUUGCCAUCGACCACUUCAACGCACCUGGAAGCGACGACUAUUGUUUUCUUUUGUCCACUCGAGCUGGUGGUCUCGGUAUCAAUCUGAUGACCGCUGACACAGUCGUCAUCUUCGACUCCGAUUGGAACCCUCAAGCUGAUUUGCAGGCCAUGGCACGAGCUCAUCGUAUCGGCCAGCAAAAGCCCGUGAGCGUUUAUCGACUUGUUUCGAAGGACACGAUUGAGGAAGAGAUCCUGGAACGCGCUCGCAACAAGCGUAUGCUUGAAUUCAUCACAAUCCAGCGAGGUGUGACGGAUCGUGAACAAAAGGAACUCAGCGAUAAGAUGAGCCGCGCCGCUACCGAGCCAAACUCUGCAGACGACAUCAACAACAUUCUCAAACGCCGAGGGCAGAAGAUGUUCGAGCAGUCUGGAAACCAGAAGAAGCUCGAAGAGCUCGAUAUUGAUGCUGUUCUCGAGAACGCCGAGGAACACAAGACGGAGCAGGCGGCAGGUCUUACAUCUGACGGUGGUGAAGAAUUCCUCAAAAACUUCGAGUACACCGACGUCAAGAUUGAUCUUGAGUGGGACGAUAUCAUUCCAAAGGAGGACCUCGAAGCUGUCAAAGCCGAAAUUCAAUCACGCAAAGACGAGGAGAAGACGCAAAAGCUGCUCGAGGAGAACGCUCCACGGAAACGCAAAGCAGCCUCAGCAAGCGCACGAGAGCAGCGAGCUGCCAAGAAGCGAGCUUUGGAGGCUGCCAGAGAUGAUGACAUUGAUGACGAGCCAUCUGAAGACGAGAAAGAUGACAACGUCAAGCGAGAUCCAAAGCGUCCCCUCAACGUGAAGGAAAUUCGCAAUCUCAUCAAAGCCCACGAACGUUAUGGCUCUCUUGAGGAGCGUAGCGAUGAGAUGCUUCGUGCAGCCAAGUUGGUCGGCCGUGACCUGAAUGUUGUCAAGUCUACUCUGGAUGAGGUUGUCAAUACAAGCGAGGACCUCGUCAAGCAGGAACAGACCAGGCUCAAGAAGUUGGAGGUUGAUGCCAAUCGCCCUCUUACGAAGAAGGACAAGAAGGCUGUGCUGUUCGAUUUCCGUGGUACCAAGAAGAACAAUGCUGAAACCAUCAUCGGGCGGCCCAUUGAGAUGCGGAUUUUGAAAGAAGCCGUCGAUGGCGUUGCUGAUUGGCGCAACUUCCGCGUUCCAGAUGCGAUUAAGCCAGCAAGCUAUUCUUGUCCUUGGGGUGCUCGGGAGGAUGGCAUGCUCUGCGUUGGUGUCAAGCGUCACGGCUACGGCGCCUGGCCUCAGAUACGAGAUGAUCCGGAUCUUGGAUUGGGCGAGAAGUUCUUCCUUGAGGAGCAUCGCGUCGACAAGAAAGAAGAGCGAACCAAAGCAGAAGAGAAAAACGCAAAGUCCCCGGGCGCCGUGCACUUGGUACGAAGGGCGAAUUACCUUCUUACCGUGCUCAAAGACAAGACGGGUGCUGCUGAUCCCAACGUCAAGCGUCUCAUGGAGAACCACCAUCGCAACAACAAGAAGCAUCACCUGAAUAUCGCCCGUCGACCAGAGAAGGGUUCGAGUGUUUCUGCUAGCCCGGCGCCGUCUGGUCAAGUGCGCAAGGUUGUGUCACGCGACUCUGAGAGGCCUAUGCAGCGUACCCACAGCAACAGCGAGAGCCGGCCUGACAGUCGGCAAUACGACAAGAAUGGUCAUGAUCGGUCGAGGAACAGCGAUCAGUACAGGCCGUCUGACCGCAAGGAAUAUCGCAACGACCGUGGUAGCAUGGACCGUCGCCCACAGUUGUUGGAGCGAGUCGGCACUCCGGAAUUCCGUCGGAGGGUUAGUGGAGAUAUGGAUAGGCCGCGGCCCAAGGACGACCGACCACAGCUUUCCGAGGAACGAAACCGUUCGAACAGUCAGAGCCAUGGCCCUACUCGUAGCGUCGAUACCACUCCCAAGCCCAAAGAGAAGAAGCCUGACGACUUCAUCGAGCGGAAGCUACGACCUGUGCGCGACAACCUGAGCCGUCUUAAAAAGGCGACGCCCAAGAAUUACGCGCAGAAGGAUGCUCUCGUGAAGGUGCUGAAAGUCGAGCUGAUCGCUAUUGGUAACUUCAUUCGUGCCGAGACUCGCGACAAUGCAGAGCUGGAGGAGCGUCUGUGGUAAGUUCUAUCCAUUUGUAUUAUUUGGAUGCAUGAAGCUAACUGGGCAGGAACUUCACGGUCAACAACUACUGGCCUCGACAGAAUAUCACGGUUCCCCAGAUCAAGGGAAUGUACA